UUUUUUCAAACGGCUAUAUUUUGGCGCGGAUUUUUGGAGGGAACAUGUAGAUUGCGCGGGGGAUCUAGGGCAGGGUUUGGCAUUCUUGAUUGAUCGCUCCAUGGAUUUCUCGGCUCACAUCCUCGCGGCCAAGACGGCAUUGCAUUUGUCUGCUGUUCCUGAGGCUAUUCUGUGCCGGAGCGAGCAGAUCGAUAGGAUAAUCAAGUUCUCCAAGGAUUGCCUGCUAGAGAGAAGGCCAGGCAGUCUCUACGUGUGUGGGUGUCCUGGAACUGGGAAAUCGCUGGCAAUGGAGAAGCUAAAAGGCCUCUUGUCACAGUGGGCGGUCGAGGCAGGGAUUUUACCACCGGAUGUGGCUUCUGUCAAUUGCACAACGCUCACAGAUGCUACACAGAUCUACUCCAGGAUUUAUCACUCCUUACAACCAGGCGCUGACGAUGAUCGAAGCGUCGGGUACCAACAACUUAAGAAGUUACUAUCGUUCAACAGGGGUGCGAAGAAAAUGCAGCUUUUAAUCAUCGAUGAAAUGGACUAUCUCAUAACCAGAGAACAAACUGUGUUGUAUGAGCUGUUCCAAUUAUCCGUUUUGAAAGACAGCAGCUGCAUUCUAAUAGGAAUUGCUAACGCCAUCGAUUUAACUGAAAGAUUUCUACCAAGGCUGAGAACUUUCAGCUGUAACCCGGAGGUCAUCACAUUUCCUGCGUAUACCAAAGACCAAAUUUUCGCUGUCUUGCUUCAAAGAUUAUCGUCUCUAUCGGUGGCUACGUUUCAUCCUGCAGCCUUGGAGCUGUGCGCCAGAAGGGUAUCUGCUGCAUCCGGGGACAUGAGAAAAGCCUUGUACGCUUGCAGGACUGCUCUUGAUCUUUUUGAAGCCGAGAACAAAAGCAAAUCUACAGAGCCUGAAGCGACGUGCUUGCAAAGGGAUCAGUUUGUGCAAGUUGAUCACAUGGCAAGGGCGUUGGCCAAAGUUUUCCGUUCUCCUGUCAUUGAAACUAUUCAAGCUUUGCCAAAACAUUCGCAGAUGGUCUUAUGUAGUGCCGCUAAUCUCUUCCGGAAGAGAAAGAGGGACGCGCCAUUAGGCGAGCUGAAUAAGCAGUACCUGGGGUUUUGUAAAACAACUGGUAUGCGCCCUGUAUCUUCUCAAGAAUUCUCUGGAAUUUGUCAACUAAUUGCCGACCAGGGUCUUCUUGGCCUCGGUACAGCUCGCGAAGAUCGUCUCAGAAAGACAAAGUUGCAAGUAGACCAUGAUGACGUCGUAUUUGCACUACAGGUUCGUCUCGCACUGUUUAAACACCACAUUCGAUAUUUACGUUCUUCAAGCAGGGAGUUCGCUUCUUCCGAAACAGCCUGUUGUAAAUCUACAAAGGAGACAACAGCUAACUUCAACGAUCCACCGGUGCGAGCGUCUCAACUAUUGUGAGCACCACACUCGGACAUUGC